AAGGUGUUCGAUGCGGAUGGCAACGGCGUCGUCGACUUCGUCGAGUUCGCGACGGGCCUGGCGCGCAUCGUCUCCGUGAAGGCGUCGCACUCGGGGCCGGACCCGGACGAGAACGAGAACAUUUUGGAGUUCAUCUUCAGCCUCUUCGACAAGAACGGCGACGGCGUCGUGGAGCUCUGGGAGAUCUGCGAGCUCGUCGAGACGGCGCACGACGACCUCAUCGACCUGCACCGCUACGCGUGCGAGAAGACGAAGAGCCUGGACGUCGACGGCGACGGCGAGGUCUCGGACGCGGAGUUCAUCCAGUCCAUCCAGCGGGACAAGGUCUACCGGGACUUGCUGUGGUCCUCGUUGCCGCCC